UCUCUCUCUCUCUCUCUCUCUCUUUAUUUUACGUUUCUUUCAUUUCUGAGAGAAUCGAAACGGUCAACGUAACUAGUUGGUCUCUUUCUUGUUGCCCUCCUCCUCCUCCUCCGACUGAACCCAGAAAACCCACCAUAACAACAAAGUCUCGGAUCAGUUGAAAACUGAGAGAGGGAGAGAGAGAUGAGUAUGAACGAUUUGAUAAUGAGGGUUGAUUCAAUAUGCAAGAAAUACGACAAUUACGAAAUUGAUCAGCAAAAGGAGCUCAAUAAUAUUUUUUGGGACGAUGGAUUUGGUCGCCUAUACGGUGUCGCUGAGGCCGACCUCGAAGCUGCUCUCCAGAAAUUGGAGAUGGUAUCGAGGGAGGGGAACAUGGCUACUGUUGUUGCUAUGAAUGCUGAGAUUCGACGAACCAAGGCUCGUUUGCUUGAGGAGCUCCCCAAAUUGAGAAUACUUGCUCCUAAAUAGGUUUAAUCCUUUGUCAUUCUGUUAUUGAUAAUCGCAUUCAACUUUUUCUUGGUUUUCACUAAUAUCAACCUCUUAUGCUACAUUUUUUAGCAGAACUUAAUUGAUUUUUCAAAUUUUUAUAAGACGCAAUGUAUCAUGAAAUUUCAAUUUUUAGAGCGUGUCUUCAUAUAUGCGCGUAAUGUAAUCUUCAAUUCUUUAUGCCGCGUUCUUCGGUUUUAAUGUUUGUGUUUUUUUAUCUGUUGCCAGUGCGUUGAAGUGAAAUGAUGAUCCAUCAACUAUAUCCACAAGUUCUCUACUUCAUUUAUGGUUAUGUGAAAUAUAUGCAAUAUAUUCUCAUUGAUAAUGGACAAUGUAU